AUUGGAUUUUGGUGGGGGAGACAGAAACAAGCACUUAAGGAUAAGAGUAAAUGAAGUGGGAAAUGAUUCAAAUGAAGGAUGGGUUGGGUUUAAUAAUGCCCCAAACGCGGUUUUAGCACAGUGCAAAUAAUAAUAGGAAAAAUCCAAAGUUCUGGUGCAAGUUGGAUGGCCACAAGAUUAAUUUUGAAAAUGCAAAAGCUACCGUCAGAUGACCUCCUCAAAACUUGGAGGAAGUAUUAUCAUGGGCGAAAAUGCACUUUUAGAACGCUUGAAGGAUUGGGAAAUGGACGAACAAUUAUAGGAGAGGUGAAGUGCGGCGCAGACUCUGGAAGGGAAGAAGAAGUGCCAGUUCCUACCCCUAAACAAGUUCCGUCGGCGUCGUACCAGCAGCUGAUAGAGAACAUGAGCUACGCCUGCAACCUGGUCAACUGCUCCGCCGUCCAGUCCGAAGCCGGCGGCUGCUACUACCCCAACAGCCUCAUCAACCACGCCGCCUUCGCCAUGAACCUCUACUACCAGAACGCCGGCGCCAACAAGUGGAACUGCGACUUCAACGGCUCCGCCGUCAUCGCCGUCACCGACCCCAGCUACGGCGCCUGCAACUUCGACUGCCGCAGUUUUUAAUUUAUUCAAUCAGAUUAUUUAACAAUUACACGCCCAUCCAUCUAGUUUUAAUUAAUAAUUAAUUCCUCUUUCAAUUCUUACGUUUUUGUUUGAUGCAUGAAUAAUUAGAUCGAAACCACCGCAGUUAUUGUGCUUUUGCUUUCCUUUUGAAAUCAAUGUGAUCUAUUACAAUUCCCUCUUUAUUCUUCCUCACAUUAUUAUUUUUUAAUGCCACAUUAUUUUUUUGUUUCAUUUUUUCCCCUCCACUCUAAUCAUUCCUCUCUUUAAACACUCUGAUCCGCGUCAUCCGAAUAUAUGGACUAGCAUCAU